CACGGGGCCUGUAUAGUUUAUCCACAUAAGCCCUACCUCGCACUGUUGUUAUAUAAGCUGUCUUCAUAAGCCCUAAUUGGAAAGGGGUGUUACUACUUGACUUUGAUUUUUGAAUCCAAGUGAAGUGAUGAAGAAGGAAGAGAGAUCCAACCGAAAACGUAGAAGAAUGAGGCGUGACAAACCGAAUUCUCAAAAAAUUUCAAAAAAAUCGAAGACAUCAAACAUCGUCAACGAAGACAAGAAAUAUCAAGAUGAAGAAUCUGCUGUUCCUCCUGCUAAGCGUACCCCGUCUUCCGCUUUUCUCGACAAGAUGAGAGCAAGGUUAUCGGGAAGCCAUUUUCGGAUGAUAAACGAGAAGCUCUACACUUGCACUGGAGACGAGGCUCUUAACUAUUUUAAAGAAGAUCCAGAUUUGUUUAAAAUGUAUCAUGCAGGAUAUCAAGAGCAAAUGUUGCAUUGGCCUGAGCAGCCAGUUAAUAUUAUUAUAAAAUGGCUAAAGGAUCACAACCCUUCUUUAAUUGUGGCUGAUUUUGGCUGUGGAGAUGCACGGCUCGCAAGAAAUGUCAAGAAUAAAGUGUACUCUUUCGAUCUUCUCUCAAAUGAUCCUUCCGUAAUCGCUUGUGAUAUGUCAAAUACAUCCCUCGACUCUUCCUCUAUAGAUGUUGCUGUCUUUUGUCUUUCACUAAUGGGGACUAAUUUCCCAAGUUACCUCAAAGAAGCACACAGAAUUCUUAAGCCACGUGGCUGGCUUUUGAUAGCAGAGGUAAAGAGCAGGUUUGAUCCCAAUACUGGAGGAGCAGACCCAGAUAGGUUCUCAAAAGCUGUCUGUGAGCUAGGAUUUACAUCUGUUUCAACGGUACGUUUAUAUUCCUAUCGUCUUUCUUUUCAGAUUGAUGCUUCAUUUAUCCAUGCUAAUGAUGCAUACUCUGUGCAGGAUCUCUCCAAUAAAAUGUUCAUACUGUUAUACUUCCAGAAAAAGGAGAAACAAAAUUUAAAGAGGAAGGGAAUUGAGUGGCCUGAGCUGAAGCCUUGUUUGUACAAGCGUCGCUGAGCUCUGGACAUGGUGUUUCCGUGAUUAGGUUGAUAGCAUCAAUCGCGUUUUCUUGCGCGCCCUGAGAAUGCUGAUUUACUACUACAUGACCGAAUGUUACCGUGCAGCUGCUGGAUGUAGCAUGUAUAUGCAGUUGAGGGUCAGUUCUCACAAGAUAUAUUCCUAGCUGGUGCCGGGAAUGAAGUAGGGUUUAAUAGAUGUGGAUCAUAAAUAAGUGUGUGUGUGUGUGUGUGAAAGCUCAUCAAGUUUAUAUUUGAAUUUGAAUUUAAAUUUGAUCCAAUUCAGGAACUCGUAGACUACAUUUCAUAUUGAUCUCUACUUCUUUCAUGUACCUCAUCUUAAACUAUCUUUGGUGAUUUAUGAGAAAUAGUCUUUUGACCUCAA